UGACGCCCUCACCAGUAAUCAAUGCCGACGAGGCACAGAGCUCAUUUUUCCCCGGCACCUAACGCUCAUCAGCCUCCGGUCUCUAGAAGAUCCUGUCGCAGUGGAGGGACGGCGGCUGUGCAGAGUGUCGAGCAGUCAGUCAUUUUACUGUAUAACAUACAAGAUCGAAGACAGCAGCGCCGCGGCUGUGUCGCUUUAUAAGGGCCAAGCGAGCAACACGCCUCCUCGCUCAUCAAAAGGGCGGGCCUUAGGCGCUUCUUUGCAUUUCCUUGUGCUGAGUCUAGUGGCCAGUUUCUCCGGAGGCCGGUAGCACUUCAGCACACAUGAGUUCACCGUACUCGCGUCCUCUCCGAGGGAAUGUUCUUCUACCUGCCUGUAUCUUGCUGUUGUUUCGCUUGGACCAGUUUCGGGCGGAGGACGGCAUGGAGGAGCUGGCCACAGAGAAGGAAGCCGAGGAGAGCCAUCGGCAAGACAGUGUUAAUCUGCUGACAUUCAUCUUACUGCUCACAUUAACUAUUCUGACAAUCUGGCUGUUUAAGCACCGACGAGUCCGCUUCCUGCACGAGACCGGCCUGGCAAUGAUCUAUGGUUUGCUUGUAGGUGUGAUCUUGCGAUAUGGCAUUCCAUCCACCAGUUAUCACAACAAGACACCUCCCAGUUGUUCCCUGAAGGAGCGACCAGUACCCACACUUCUGCUCAAUGUUGGAAACAAGUUUUUUGAAUAUACCUUGAAGGGAGAGAUCAACUCACGAGAGAUACAUAAUGUAGAACAAAAUGAUAUGCUUCGAAAGGUUACAUUUGAUCCAGAGGUUUUCUUCAACAUUUUACUACCUCCAAUUAUUUUCCAUGCUGGUUAUAGUCUUAAAAAGCGGCAUUUCUUUCGAAACCUGGGAUCCAUUUUAGCAUAUGCCUUCUUUGGAACCGCUGUGUCCUGCUUUGUCAUUGGCAACCUUAUGUAUGGUGUGGUGAAGUUAAUGCAAGUAGCAGGGCAGCUGAUGGAUAAGUUUUAUUAUACAGACUGUCUCUUCUUUGGUGCAAUCAUAUCUGCCACUGAUCCAGUAACAGUGCUGGCCAUAUUUAAUGAACUUCACGCUGAUGUUGAUCUCUAUGCUCUACUGUUUGGAGAAAGCGUUUUGAAUGAUGCUGUUGCAAUUGUGCUCUCUUCAUCUAUUGUGGCCUAUCAGCCUACAGGAGAAAACAGCCAUUCAUUUGAUGCUGCAGCAUUCUUUAAGUCAGUAGGAGUGUUUCUGGGUAUAUUCAGCGGUUCUUUUGCAAUGGGAGCUGUCACUGGAGUGGUCACAGCACUUGUAACGAAGUUCACAAAGUUGCACUGCUUUCCACUUCUGGAGACCGCCUUAUUCUUUUUAAUGUCUUGGAGCACUUUCCUGUUGGCCGAGGCCUGUGGUUUUACAGGCGUAGUGGCCGUGUUGUUCUGUGGCAUCACUCAGGCCCAUUAUACAUACAACAACUUGUCUUCUGAAUCUACCAACAGAACUAAGCAGCUGUUUGAAGUUCUUCAUUUUCUGGCUGAGAAUUUCAUCUUCUCCUACAUGGGCUUGGCACUCUUCACCUUCCAGAACCAUAUUUUUAGCCCCAUCUUUAUUGUGGGGGCCUUUCUUGCCAUCUUCAUUGGAAGAGCUUGCAAUAUUUAUCCACUGUCUUUUCUCUUGAACCUUGGGAGAAGGCACAAGAUUGGCUGGAACUUUCAGCACAUGAUGAUGUUUGCAGGCCUACGAGGUGCAAUGGCUUUUGCCCUGGCAAUACGGGACACUGCCACUUAUGCUCGUCAGAUGAUGUUCACAACAACCCUUCUCAUUGUUUUCUUCACUGUCUGGGUAUUUGGGGGAGGUACAACUCCAAUGCUUUCAUGGCUGCACAUCAGAGUUGGAGAUCAUACCUUGUCCAGAGAGGAGGAGGCCAGCAGACAAUGGCAAUAUUUAAGAGUUGGUGUGGAUCCAGAUCUGGAUCCUCAGCCCACCAGCGAUAGCUUUCAAGUGCUGCAAGGGGAUGGUUUACAGUCAAAUGGUGGAAGCAAAACUAAACAAGAAAGUGCCUGGCUUUUCCGGUUAUGGUACAGUUUUGAUCACAACUAUUUAAAGCCAAUCCUGACGCACAGUGGACCUCCACUGACCAGUACGCUGCCGGGGUGCUGUGGGCCUCUUGCUCGAUGUCUCACCAGUCCACAAGCCUAUGAGAACCAGGAGCAGCUACGAGAUGCUGAUUCUGACCUAAUCCUGAAUGACAGUGACCUGACACUGACGUAUGGUGACACUGCCAUCACAGCUAACGGUGCUUGUGGCCGACGAAAGAAAAGUAACUCGGAAGAAGCCCUGGAGCGAGAGCUUGAGGCUGUCGACCAUGAAGUGAUAAGUCGGGGUACUCGUCUAGUGUUUCCCAUUGAGGACCAUGCCUGACAGCAAAGGGACGUCACAUAUGCGGCAAUUCAAAAACAUAAAAAAAAAUGUAGAAAGAAAAUGGAUGACCUGAAGGGUAUUUGGUUUGCUGGAGUGGGAAGUUCAUCGUUGCUAUGAUGAUAGGGGCUUAAUUGAGUAAUCAAAACUAAGUGGCACUGAAAGUUGUGAUUUGUUUAACUUUAACUUAGGCCACAUGCUUCCCUUCAGUAGGCCAAAGGGAACAACUGCAUUUCAUUUCCAUCAAGGCAGGCUUCUGUGAUGCAGGUGGUGAUUUGCUGGUAGGCAUUGACUAGGCCAAAGAGAACAAGAUGUUAGUUUGUACUUGAAAAGGCGUCUGUGCAGAAGAGACAUUAUAGACAUUGUCUCCUUCUCUGUCUCACGUCAAAUGUGCAUAGACUUGCCUCUUUGCUUGAAGUUGCCAUGAGAUCAAAGUGAAAUAAAGGUUAAAAAAGUAAUUUGGCAGCAUGAAGCAUCUGAUAGAAGAUUUCAUUUGUAAUAAUCAAAUCACUGUUGCAUUACGCUGCUGCUGGGGAGAAAAAUAUGGGGUGGGCGAACAAAGGGAAAAGGUUAGAAACUCUUCCUGCUCACUUCUGAGCCAUAGUUAAUCUGCCCCGUGAAUAAAAGGAUUUAAGCAUGAAACAAGUCUGUACCCGUAACCCUUUAUUUUUGCAAGUCCAUUCCAUUGUAUAGUGUCUAAAUUAGCACAAAUUCAUAGUGUGGAGACCCCCCUCACCAGCCCCAGUGCAUGCCCCAUUCCUUCUUUGUAUUUAUGAUGUGACAGGUCCUUCUCUUUUUAAAUUGUAAGCACGUGGACACAUAUUUUAAGCUGGUCUCUCAACCAGGUAAUCCUUUUCAUCUUCUUUACAAAUAAGCAAGCCAGUACUUGUGUUGGCCUGAAAAGGAAAAUGCCUUGAGCUACAUGGUGCUAUCCUUCCAUGUUUUCAUUGGCAAACCCUGUGGUAGCUUUUAAACAUGCCAGCAGGUGCAGUGACGUGACAUUUUAUCCACAUUAGCCGCCUUCUGUUUCGUUUUUAGGCACUUUAGCUGCAGUUGAACUGCAGUCAGUUUUUUUUAUUGUCAAAAAAGAAAAGAAUCUGUGCUGGCAUGUUGCCUCUCCUCUGUUCAAAUGGUAGCCUGUCUUGCUUGCAAAGCUAACAAACAGAUGAAGCUCGAGUGAAAGAGUUUGCCCAAAUGUACUACAAAAUAAUUAUCCUUAUUGUGUGUGUGUCAACAGCUUUUUUCUCCCUGACAUCAAGGACUCCAAAUACAAGUACAGUAUGAAAACUGUGAAAACCUCACUGGUUAUCCCCACUUUGUAAGCAUUAAAACUAAUAAAAACUAGAAAUGCCAAAA